AUGGUGACUACACGGCGGUCAUGGCCGACGUGGUUGCGAUAUGGAUCGGUCAUGUUGGCGCUUUCGGCUCCUAUAUGUGGGAAUGGAGUGCAGAAUUCUACGCAGGUUGACCGGGCCGUGAUAUUGGAGACGUCGUGUCCGGUGAAGACUGUGUGGGAGGUUGAAGCAGAGGUAUUCCGAGAACCAGUUUGCUUGGAGACUCGAUGGGGUCGAGGGAAGGAGGAACAAAGGCAGCAACAACAACCUGCUUCUACGUCGAGUGAUGUCGGUGGAUAUACUACGUCGACGAUAGCCUCGACUGCCGCGGUGGGAGCAGGAACACCUGCGGCCGUUGCAGAGCAAGAAGCAGAUCACGACGCGGAUGCGGACUCUUUGCUUGAUAGCUCGAAUUUUCUCUCCUUUGAGGAUUGGAAGAAACAGAAUCUGGCCAAGGUUGGACAAUCCGCUGAAAACGUUGGAGGGAGCAGACGUGCUGCGGCGGUUGGCAAGGAAGGCCGACGACAGCCCGGCAUUAAUAAUGCGCUGGACUCUCUUGGAGAUGAUGGGGAGAUUGAAUUGGAUUUUGGCGGGUUCGGCGCUGAAACGCCCGAGGCUAGUCCCACGGCUUGGGGGACGCCUGUUCCUUCGCAGUAUGUUGACCCGUUGGAUGGCGAGCAAGGUGGAGAUGUUCAUACUCAGAGUGCGCCUCAGCCGGAUGUUUCUCGGCGCAAGGAUGCGGGCACAACUUGCAAAGAGCGGUUUAACUAUGCGUCCUUUGACUGUGCGGCAACGGUGUUGAAGACGAAUCCCGAGUGUAAGGGGUCUUCGGCAGUGCUUGUCGAGAAUAAGGAUAGUUAUAUGUUGAACGAGUGUCGUGCCAACAACAAGUUUCUUAUUCUGGAGCUGUGUGACGAUAUCCUCGUGGACACUGUGGUUCUGGCCAACUACGAAUUCUUCAGCUCCAUUUUCCACACUGUCCGAGUGAGUGUCUCGGAUCGGUAUCCCGCGAAGCCGGACCAGUGGAAGGAACUGGGUGUCUUUGAAGCGAGGAAUACUCGCGAGGUGCAGGCCUUUGCGGUUGAGAACUCGCUGAUUUGGGCUCGAUAUCUGCGGGUUGAGUUUUUGACGCACUACGGUCAUGAGUUUUACUGUCCCGUUAGUCUUAUUCGGGUUCAUGGUACUACUAUGAUGGAGGAGUAUAAGCAUGACGAGAGCGUGAAUCGUGCGGAGCCGGAGGUCGUGGAGACUGUUGAGACUGUCAAGGUUUCUGGCCAGGCUGAGGCUCAGCAUAUUGAGUCUACCAUCGAGGAGAUUGCAAUUGAGAGCAAAGAGUAUGAGCAGAUCCAUGAGAUUUGUCCGAAUCCUCUUAUGGAGGUGGAAUCGCUUCUUUUGGGACACUCGCUCUUUGCACCUGAAACUUGUGCUCUUGGUGAACAGACAGCUGGAAAUAGGACAGAGAAGACUGUCCCGCCAGCCAAGAUCAAGCAACCGUCGGGUAUCAACUCGACAGCUAUACCGGGAGAUGGCGCUUCUGCCUCUCAGUCUGGUUCGGCCGUUCCACCGAAGGUCCCCGAGGAUACUCGCAAGACGGGCGAUUCGGCCAAACCUGUAGCAGCAACACCCGACACACCAGUCGCCGUGACGGAUAGUUCCCAACAGGAUUCUACCGUUGAAAGUACGGGGAAGUCCACUACCAAUACCAAAGAAGAGCAGCAAAACAGUCCACCACCAGAAUCUAUUCGACCGACCUCUACCCAACCACCAUCUCCCAACCCGACAACCCAAGAAUCAUUCUUCAAAUCCGUUCAUAAACGGCUACAAAUGCUAGAGUCCAACUCUACGCUAUCUCUGCUCUACAUCGAAGAGCAAUCUCGCAUCCUCCGCGAUGCAUUCAACAAGGUAGAGAAACGUCAACUCGCAAAGACGUCCACCUUCCUCGAGAACCUGAACACCACGGUACUCAGCGAACUCAAAGAAUUCCGCGAGCAGUACGAUCACGUCUGGAAAUCCGUCGCUUUUGAAUUCGAGCACCAGCGCAUGCGGUACCACCAGGAAGUACAUUCCCUCAGUGCACAACUCGGCGUUCUCGCCGAUGAGCUGGUCUUCCAGAAGCGAGUCACCAUGAUCCAAAGUAUCAUGGUCCUCUGCUGCUUCGCAGUAGUCCUCUUUUCACGAGGAUCCGUCGGCACGUACAUGGAAUUCCCACGCGUCCAACGCAUGGUCGCGCGAUCCUACAGCUUGCGCUCCUCGUCCCCUCCCUUUGAAUCCCCAUCGGCCAGCCCGGGUUCUACACGGCCGACAUCCUCGUACCAGGAGCGCUCCGCCCAUCGCCGGAAUCUGUCUGAUAGUUCCUCGGGGGAUAGCGCCAAUAGUCCCGAGGUGACUUAUAUCCCGCCGACGCCGACGUCCGAUGUCUCUCGGGAAUUCGAGGAAGAGGAGAAACUUGCUCAACCUCCCUCGCCCGGAGCAAUUUCGGUGCCUGCACUGGGUACACCGCAGUUCCGGUCGCAUAGUACGCCGCCCGUAUUGAAUACUCGGUCCUCGGAGUUGGAUAUGAGUGGACAGGGGGAGGAUAAUAUUCUUCCAUCUGCGGCUUCGACCGUAUCGGAGGAAUCGCCUCAAAUAUCAUGA